AUGUCUACACCACUCGGUGGUCGUUUUUAUCACACCCUAACAAAGAAAAGUACUGCCCGUUUAUUUUAUCUUCCUAUUCCUGAGGGACAUAAAGUACUCUCUGCUGGUGUACGUAUAUAUGGAGCUACAGGGAUAUUGUGUUCCUUUUACGAUGUGGAUCGCAAUGCGUGGGUGGUGCAGCAGGAUCCAAUAGAAGAUAACGCGGCUGUUCUCUUACAAGUACUCACAUUGGUAGAUCCGGAUGAUGUCUAUGAUGUUGUGGUGUCUAUGGUUUCCCUCACAGAUCAUAUGACAGAAGAAGAAGUACAUAUACUUACCCAACGUACAGAGAUGUAUAGAGGUUUAAUUGAAGAGGUAACACAACUAGAAUUGGAAGGGAAAUAUAAUAAAGAUAAAUUCGAGGAAUUACGAGAAAAACGUAAGUCUUUACGAGAAAGUUCUCUUGAUGUUGUUUCCCUGAUAUGUCCUACUGUAGAUGGUUACACAUUAACAGGAGGAGGCUUUUCAUCAGGGUAUCCAAUACUUGCAUCUCAUGCCGAUAUUCCUGAAUCACAUAGUGUAAAUAGAUUCUGUUCAAGUCUUACGCAAGAAUCAUGUAGUUCUGAUUUCUUCCUUGUUGAUCCCAUCCAUACUGUAUGUGAUACGAGGUUAAAUGAACGGCAAUCACACUACGCCUUGUCUGUUUUAUCAGAGAAAGUAGGGAAACUCCGUGAAAGUCAUGCAUGGUCUGUAAUGGCAGCUGAAAAUCCCUCCUUUACGUGUUAUGCUAUUGGGUUACGUCUUCAUCCAACACCGCAAUCUAUAUCAUUUGACACUUCUGAUAAAAAUGAUCAUUCAUCUCAUCUUAGGGAUGGGAUCACUCCUACUAGUAGUAAUAUUACUAAACAUAGUCAUGCGAAUAAUAAUGGAGUGAAAGUAGAGCACCGAGCCAAAGGACGUUGGAGUAUUGAGUUACAACCACCCCACGGAAGGUUUUAUUUUACAUUUGGAGCGUCAUACAUAUCUAAUCCCAUUAUGCUUUUAGCGUUUUACAAGUGA